AUGUUUGCCGCCUCGCGUUUCAAGCUACCUACUGAUCUUUUGAGCCCAGGGUCUCAACUCGCGGUAACCCCGGACCUGAAAGCAGCUGCCCAGUAUAUGAAAGCAUACACUGCCGCUCGACAGUAUCGAAACAUUCCCAUCGGAUAUUUUGCAGAGGUAAUGGAGCCGAGUCUAGGAUCCCUGGUAGAGUAUCUUGCCUGUGGAGACAACAGCAGCGAAGCCAUUGACUUCUACGCAAUCAAGGACUCCAGCUUCAGUCUAUGUGCGGAAAGAAUUUCCAGUUCCGAAUAUUCACUGUUGGCCUCUCAUCUACAAAAUGUGUCAAUUCCAAUAAUUUACUCGCAAGAUGGCUGUUUCAUGGAUAAGUCUCUGGACUUUGCCGAGCAGCAGAUCAUAUUUGGAUCGAAUUUGUCAAACAUCAUAAGUGGUACGAUAGUUGACAACUGGCGCGAGCAAGACGGCGAAGAGGGUUAUGGACUAGUCAACUAUACAGCAACUGGAGCAGCGAGCACACCGACAACGCUUAAGGACUAUGUAAAUUUACAAAGUCAGUGGGACGAAGUAACUUGGAAUACUGACCCUCCUUCGACGAUAACGCCAACCAUCAUGCCAUUCUUCAAGCAGUGGAAUCUGGCCCGUCAAUGCAGAUGCCACAUUGCCAACGAUUGCCGAUCUCGAUUUCGCGACCAUAGGCAAUGCUCCUAUCAGUGUCGCUGCGACUGGCACUAG